AUGGUCGUCCUGGAGUUCGGAAACUCGUCCACGUGGGCGCUCAAGGCGCGCGAGCCCCCGGCCGACUCGUUCGAGGAGAAGGAGAAGCGCAAGAAGGCCGGGUUGGUGUCGCUGCGGAAGGUGCUCGCCGCGGACAAGCCAUCGGGAGUGGCGAACGACGGGAGGACGGAGGUGGGCGGCGCCGCGACUUCGACGAACCGCAACUUCGCGCCGAGGAGCGCGUGGCCCGAGGGGAAGUUCACCAUCACGUACCCCAAGGGGUACGACCCCGCGCUCGGUAAGUUCGUGGCGGGAGGCGCGGACGGGGGGGGUUCGGGAGCGGCACGGGUGGUCGUGCAGAAGCUCCCCGCCGCGGAGCGCGCGAGGCUCGAGGAGGAGGCGAGGGCCGUCGCGGAGGCGGCCGCGAGGGCUCGCGCGGAGGCGACGGACGCGCUGAACCUGGACGAGGAGUACCUGGAGAGGGUUCGCGCGCGGGACGAGCUCGCCAAGAGCAGGAGGAGAAGAUCGGCAACCGCGGCGACGACGACGACGACGACGUCAACGACGACGUCAACGACGACGCCGGGCGCCAAACCCGCGCCGGACCCCGCGCUGCUCGCCGAGGUCGGCGUGGACGGCGCGUACAUGGCGGCGCUCGCGGAGCAGGAGGAGAAGCGCAGGAAGGUGAGGGAAGCGCGCGCGGUCAAGGCGAAGGCGGCGGCGGCGUCGGCGGCGACGAUGCGGCUCGCCGCGGUGUUCGCCGUUCGGGAAUCCGACCCGGAGAUGGCGGCGUACGCGCGGGCGUACGCGGACAGAGCCGGGGAACGGGCGGAGCAGCGCGAACUGGUCGCGGCGUCGCGCAAAGCCGCCUGCAAAGAGGCGGCCGCCGUCGCCGUCGACGACGCGGGAAAAGCAAAGCGGGGGAAGCGACGGCGCGUCGCGUGA